AUGGCAACAGAUGCAUCCACAGCAGCGAAAGCUGGCGAUGUAAUUGUGCAUGACAGAUACAGCACGCUUUCGUUAGUGCAGCUGCUGGAGGAGCUGUCCAACUCAUUGGCGUGCAGUCCAUCCCUCAAGUACCGCCGCGGUGACUGUGGGAUGUUGCCCAUGGAAGAGGAUGCGCUGCUGUACGCCACCACCACAUCAGUGGCUGCAAAUACACGCCUUUAUGACCCGAUAAAGUGGCGCAGAAAGCGGCGGCGCGAUGCGCUUGAUGCAUUCUUUGAUUCUGCCGUUGCGUCAGCGUCGUCACCUGCGUCGCUCCGCAGACAGUCCCGUCAGCUAUUUCGCAACGCCAAACACAACAUUGGGCGUGUCACCGGAACACAUGCGGCAAUGUUAGAGCUACUCUGUAGCGCCGUUGCCCCUGGCAUAGAGUGUGGUGACAAUACAGGGGCAGAAGCAGCGAUGGAUGCAUCGGAGAUGUCGGAAGCCGAGCAGAUGCUGUAUAUUGUCCUCCGCACCAGUGUUGUGGCCGCACCAACCUGGCAGAAGCCACCCGUCGUCCCGCGGUGCUGGUUGUCGCCAUCCAUUACAGCGCUGGUGGAGCGGGCGCCGGCGUUGCAGCAGGCGAUGCGGUGGUCAUGCGACCCCGACCCGGUCAUUGGGGCCGCGCUAUGCGUGGACGCGGCGGCGUACAACCACUUCUCACUUUCGCCGCCCGCAUCGUGUGGUCCACCGGCGCUGCUGUCACAAUUUGCGGAUGCUGCAGCUGCAGCGUGGCCGCAGGCAAUCACAUCUUCAUGGAUGGGCAGUAGUUGCGGUGCCCAUGAGUACUGGAUCAACUGGGAAAAUGAGGAGGUACGACACCUUUUCGCAAAGAAGCGUUCAUCAACCACAGAUCGAAGAAUGGGCGACGCGUUGUCAGUGUCGCCUCACAUAGUGCAGGAAAUGGGCCCUGCAGAGCACGUGUCAUCCCCGUCAGUGGUCGAUGUUGGAAGGCCAACCUUCUCUAUCUUUAAGGAGGAGUACCCCGCUCAACACCAGUUUUGCUCGCUCCUAUUUGUAGCACUUCAUCGUGGCAUUGUUGGGCAGCAAGACCCAUACCUCUUGCUUCGAUUAGAUGGCGGUUCCCCAUUGGGAUCUGUGUCGUCACCAAGCAAGCCACCGUCUGUGUCUCAAAUAGCGGCGACCCCUGAUUACGGCGUAUCCACGACUCCUUUGUGCAUUGAAAUAAGUCCGGAAUUCCUCGUCACUACUCCUGUAGAGAGCCACAGUACUUGGAAAACAAAGAACAGGGGCGGGGGCGACCACGCGAAGCUCAAUGCAAGUGGUAGAGAUGAGGCGAAUGAACCACAGUGCUCGAGAGGUGUCAUGGCGAUGCUGCAGUGGAGUUGCCAGAGUGGGACACUCUUCUUGCGGUUGAAGCACUUGUGUGAAGUGUCGGAGCGACGAGAAUGGCGCACAGCCCUUGGCCAAUACGGGAAGAGCGCCAUUGAGGCACUGCGUCGGCUCCUGCUCUUGCUGCAGGGUCUUGUGGCGGAGAUGGCUGAUCGCUCCGGUGGGCCACACUGUGUGUCUUUCAGAGAACUCCUAGCUGCACAACAAAAACUGCGCUGCGUCGCGGAUGACAUCACCGCGUUGAGUGAUGUGUUCCUUGUGAGCGCCGACCCAAGUUGGGAGGCUGCUGCCGUGUUGGGAGAGAUUUCGUCCGCCACGCUUCUCUCUUCGCUUUACCGCCACUAUGCGCAGCGGACGGCCAACACACAGGGAAGAGGCUCUCGACUAACCACCAGCAGCAACAGCGCUGAUUUCCCUGGCGUGCAGCUCGACGUUAUCGGUGACGUUUUUCUUGCUGUCCUACACCCGUUGCACCGCAUGAUGGGGGCAUGGCUCCGCGUCGGUGAGGUGCACGACCCGUACGAUGAGUUCUUCAUUGUGCCAUCGCAUGGCACCACUGCCUGUGGAUUUCUUGUUGAUCCAUCGCCGCAGCGGCUGCCGGAUUUUAUUUCGGCAGAGGCGGCGGAAGAAAUCCUUCAUGCAGGCGUGAGUCUCCGCGUCCUGCGCGCUGCAGCGCGGCAUGUGACGCUGUGCGCCACCAAGGAGCAGAAGCGGCUGGAGCGGCUGGCGGAAGACGUUGACGCGGCGGCCGCGCUGCAAGGGGAGGCGGAGGACGCCAUGGGGAUCAACUGGCUGCUGCAGGACUUCUUGGAAUCUCUGCUCGGGCAGCGCUCGCCAUCGCCGUUCCUACCGGUGCCGGAAGUGGACCUUCUGCUGGACGUGGGCGCGGUGCAGUACUGGCGGGCCUUCUACGGCGCCUGCAACGGUGUGCUGCUGGCCGCGUCGGAGGAGGCGGAUGGCGCGGCGCGGACCGUGCUGCUGCAGGACGACGCGCCGCUGCUCCUUGAGGAUGGCGAGGCAACGGUGAAGAGCACCUGGGGCGCCGAGCGCAGCGCCGGCUUCGGUGUGGGCGGGGCAGCGUCCGCCACGACGAAUUUCUCUCGUAUCUCGCGGGCCACGUCGGUGUGGCACGAGGCGGUGUCAGCGGAAAUUGCGCAGGUCUCGCAGGCAACGAGCGAGGAAGAGGCGGCGAGGACACGGGCGCGCGUGGCACUGCGAUCGGAGUACGAGCGGCGGGUUCUGCGCCGCAAAGCGCAGCGGCAGCUGCAGCAGUGGAAGGAGCAGCGGCUUUCCCUUAACCUGGAGAGGGCCGCCGCGCUGUCGAGGACAGUUGACGAACUGCUAGAGUUGUACGCCCGCGUUCUUAAGCCCGCAGCAGCAGCAGCAGCAGUUGAUGAGAAGAGCAACGAGGAAGAAGAAGAAAAGAGCGAUUAUGAUGGUCGACGAACACCGAUUGGGAAGUUUGUGAAGCCGCUUCCCCAGCCGCCAUCCCUACCGCCUCUUCCGUCUGGGGCUGCGAAGAACAGCAGCGCCGCUGUUGGGCGCCCCAGAUUUUCGUUUCCAGUAUGCACCGCUGCUGCUGCUGCUGGUGCUGCUGGUGCUGCAGUGGGCGGUGACAGUGUGCUGCUGCAUGAGAACGAGGAGUCGUUCCAUGUGGCGUCGACCACGUCGCUCUGUCGCAUCAUCAUGCCGCCCAGGCUGCGUCGUGCCAGCCGCAGUAAGGCAGCGGACUCCUCCUUGUCGCUGCAGUCCAUCCACAAGGAUCCCAUCGUCCAGUCUGAUGAGCCGCAUGAAUUUGUGCACCCACCCGAGAUGUAUGUCGUGGCCAGCAUCAACGAUGACGAGUACCUGAUGAAGCGGACAGGCCCCCACGUGACUGACACCACCGCAGCUGAGGCGCUCUUCGCCCAGCUCGCCGCGGAGGAGGCACGUGUGCGGAACUACGAUGUCUCGAGCGAAGCGUACCAGCGUGAGUGUGCGGCCGUUGCAAUGGAGGUAUUGCACGGUGACGGUAGCAACUCCAGCAGCAGCUCCGUCACCGCCGGUAGUAGCAGGCGCAUCAGCGCUGCCUGGUGGACAGACCCCACUGCUGACGAGGGGAUCCUUGCCCUCUUCAGCAGCAGUAACGACAACAACAGCAACAAGAAUACCACAACACCGGCGUUGGCACCGCGCGCCGUCCUCUCACUGACAGAGCAGCAGGAGAAGCGUCUUCUGCAUUGCUCAUACUACUAUCUCACACUGGCUCGUUACACAGCGGGCUAUUUGACACACAAAGCACUCCAGGUGAUGCUACUUGGCCCAUACGGCAAUCUCUAUCGCCUGACGCAGCAGCUGUUGGAUGUGUGCCUUAUGCAGCGUGGCCGCGUAGCGGAUCGACUGACGGGUUUGUGGCAGCACCUCACGAGGGAGGCGAUUGAGGAAAACCAAUUUCGUGCCUCUGCAGUGUUUACAUCGCUCAACAAGGCGUUCGUGGAGGAGUGGGAGUCAUGCGUGCUGCAUGGCCGCGAUACGCUGCGGGUGCAGCUUGCCCUCACCCUCUCCAAUGACAGUGACGACGAUUUGAAUGCUGCACAGAAUGAAGCCAGCCUGACAUGCAACGAGGAGUCUGAGAGCGGUCUCUUGUUCCACGACACGGCGUUUCGGCGGCGAACGCGUCGCUCAGCAACACCGCACACCGAGGCAGAAGCACACAACGAGGAAGAGCAGCAGUAUGAAGAGAAGGGUGGUAGUGGUAGUGGUAGCAGUGCUGUUGGUCCCUUGCCAGAGAACCCGUUCGACUUCAUCUCGCGGCUCACAAUCGUGCACGACGCCGAGUGUGGGGGGCUGUGGGUCCUGCCGAAACACGCCGUCACUGUUUACGGUGACCUCUUCAGCACGCUGUUGUUCUGGGCAUCCGUGAUGGAGCUUGUGACGCGCGUAUGGCGUAUCGGCAUCACAUCCGGCGUAGCGGAGGCAUUUUUCUUCUGCAACGUCUCUCGCUCGGUGCUCAACGCGGUGGCGCAGCACAUGUGGUUCCUCAUCGCCGGUUACGUGCGCGCGUACCGCCACACGCUGCGCUUUGAAUCGGGCGUGCUCUACGGGUACCGUCAACUGGAGAGCUUCACCGCCGACCACGCGGAGUUCCUCGAGCACUGUCGCUUCGCUGCGAUGCUGACACCCGUCUUCGCCCGCGCGCGGCAGCAGGUGUACGGGAUGGUGCGGCAGCUGGAGGAGGUCGAGCAGUGCGUCCUGCGCGCGCGUGCCGAGGACGCUGCAGAUGCUGCAGCACCGCAGGAUGGCACCGGCCGCGCCCGUAAAAAACACAGCGACAAGGCGCAUAAGCAGCAGAAGCCGAAGAGCAAGAAGAACCAAAAGAUUGAGGUGUGGGAGAAGGGACGCGGCAGCAGCGACAGCAACAGUAACAGGAGCGGCGCGAGUCCGUCGCUUAGGCGGCAGAAGGAGUCGUCGCCGUUACUUCCCGAUAUGUCGCCAAAGUCGAAACGCAAAUCGCAGCGGUCCGCAGACCAGAAGAAGCUGCAGCAGGAAGACUUGAAGCGGCGAAAGGAGGUGCGUUGGCGAGGUGUGCGUGAUGCUUUGCGGCGGCGUCUGCGCUCUUUUAUGGGGCUGACAGAGAUAUUCAUUGGACACCUUGUUGCCGUUCGUGAGAGCGUCUCUAUCGAUCUAGAGCCGACAGAGUCUCCACUGCAGAAGCCGAGCGGCGACCACGACGACGUGGAGCACGCGGCAAUGCGGGACACGACUGCGCGCGUCUCUGCGCUAACUUCACUGAUCCACACGCUUGAAAUGACACAAGCUGCAGUCGAUGACAAGCUGUGA